AUGGUCAAAGUGUUGGCCAGCCGAAGACCCACGGCCGUGGCCUGGUUCCUUUCUGGGUCGAGAAUCCCCAUCCUCGCGUUGAACGCCGUCUACCGCUAUGAACCAAUCUGUUUGCAGAUGCAAAAUACCCGGACGUCUCUUGGACUUCGCGCCAAGAGAUCAGACGCACACGAUUUGCCACCAUUCAUCAAAUUGGGUUUCGAUGGCGGCCCUGUCCCGCAGCAUAGUUCCAAGAUAUUCCAGGAGGUGGUUCUUCGUGACUACAUUUGGCACGCCGCUGUGAUGUUGAAUAUUGAGCGAAACAUAUUUUCCCGCGAGCAGUGGGGUACCUGCCAGCAGCAUUGGUGGCAGUUCCCCACCGAUCUAGAGUUCGUUAAAGACAUUGUGAACGGAACCUCGCCUGCCGUCCAAUUCAAUUUCGACGUGGGUACCAUCGACGACAGUGAUAUCGAACAGCUCGCUAGGGAGCACGCUACAAAACCUUCUGACUGGACGGCAACCGAAUGGUGUGGGGAUUGGAGCAACAUGCUCAAAGCCCAAUACGACACUGUCCCGCCUCUGCCGCCCUGGGCUGAGCUUGUGAAACGGGCUCUUACAGGACCUUCACUGGGCCUCGGCCUGCUUUUCGAGGGAGACGAUUGGAUUGCUGAGAACCCUGGUCGUGGGGAGCCCGGCUACAUAGAGAUGCUCAGUAGGAUGAACUUGGACUAG